UUUUCCAGGGCGUAAUUUCACUAUAACUACAUGUAUUUGAAUUUGUAUUUGUACUGUAUGUCCUUGUGCAAAUGUCAAUACAGUAUACUUAGUAAGGAGGCUAUAAUAUUUAUUCUGGGGGAGGACCCCCCCAAACAAAAUAAAACAACACCAGAGGCCACGUCACCACUCGCGCACCCUUCUCACCUUUUUCACCCCUGACCCGUUUUCAUGCCUGAAAAAGUUAAUGGAAUGUGCAGUUCAGGUAACAACCUUGCCUUCAUGUAGGCGUUUGUGUGUUAUCUAUCUGAUGUGCAUCCUCUCAUGUCCCAGGGGUUUCUUUCUGGACAAGAUCUGGGAGAAGCUGUGCUCGUCUCCUGCUAACAGUAUGGAGGUGGAUGGAGCUGAGCAGGACAGUACAGCAGAAGAGUUGGGAGCACUGGUGAAGGACUGCAAGUUUAAUAUGAAACUGAACAUGGCAGAUAGCGCCUGGAAACAGAACAACUUCUCCGUGGCAACAAAGCUGUUGAAAGAACUUCACAGGGAGGCGAAGGCUGAGAAAGGUUGGCUACAGCGCUGGGUGCACAGCUUCAGCCGUUUCAGCCAGCGGAGGAGCCAGAGCCAGGGGCCCGCUGAGCAGAUCAGCUCCCUGCUCAAGACUGUCCCACUGCUUGAGGAGUUUGAGGAGCAGAGUGAAGCUUCCACUAGCAAGGUGUUCAGAGACCAGAGGAUCCUACUGGGCACCACCUUUGACCUUUUGGCCAGCGCUGUGCACCGCAGUCCCUCUGCUCUGGAGAUCGUCGGAGAAGAGAGAGCACAGAGAAUUCUAGAACUUUCCAGGGCACCUUCCAGUGAUCAGGUGAAGGAGGAGUGUCGGUUAUUAAACGCUCCUCCAAUUCCUUCAAAGAGUUCCAAGCAGACCACUCUGAGCUCCAGCAGCGUCCCAGUGCCAUAUCCACCCACAAAGCCACGGCAGCCAGACACUCGUUCCCCAAGCCCAACGCUGUCCUACUGCUCCUCUGAGGAGGAGAGGGUGAGACCUUAAAGGAGAUGGAGGAGCAGAACCACGCGUGUUACCCAUGCAACUGGAUUCGAACAGAUGCCAACAAAAGCACCAAACCUCCCCCCUGCCUCAGCCGCUCCACUGACACUGCGCUGUCCCGUCUCUCCUGGCCAAAUGACUUCUGUGGGCCUGAUUUCCACAAAACCGAGGACUUCUCAUCAGUGCGUUGCCGUAGUUACUCCAGCUACCCGAGGAAAAGGACCCCUAAGACUUGUUCAUCGGGCCUCUUUGACUCUGACAGAGGAGGGAGGAGCACUACAGCCACAAAGGCCCAACAGCCUACGCAACAUUAGGUGGACGGAGUGAACUCAGGAACUGCGCCUUCCUGUUCUUCUGCUGCAGGGCUACAGUGGCAGCCACCAAACAACCUCUCGGGCCUUUCCAUUGAAGAGGUGUCCAAGUCACUACGGUUCAUUGGGAUGUCGGAGGACGUGGUUGGGUUGUUUUGUUCGAGAGAAAAUCGAUGGCAAUUUGCUCUUGCAGCUAACAGAAGAGAUUCUGUCAGAGGACUUUAAGUUAAGCAAACUACAGGUGAAAAAACUCCUGCAGUUUAUUGGCGGAUGGAGGCCCAAAAUGUAAGCUCCAGCAAAAUGGGGCAAAACAUUCAAUGCCCUGCAUAACACUACAGCCUUCAGUAUUGUGUUCGACUGUUUUGUAUCUAUAUGCUAUGCACAGUCUGAAGCUUUGUAUUGAUUUUACUGGUUUGUAGAAUAUAUGUAUGAUAUGAA